AACUUAAACCCCACAAACUCCACCUUCUAAGUGAGGAAGCUGUGGGUUGAUGGAAAUGUAGUGAGCAGAUUGAGACAGACAGUGAAUCAUUAGCAAACUGCAACGCCAGGAUGAACUUGUCUGGAACCUAAAAGGAGAAAACAGUCUCGGAGUCCUCUGCGGUGCCUGGUUUUGCUAAAUACAGCCAAAGUGGAUCUAAAAGCCGGUUGAGCCCCAAUCCAAGAUGCUGCUGGUUUCCCAGCGGGUAGAAGCACCACGCAUGGAGCCGCAUAUCCCAGGAUCCAUUAAAAGAAAACUGGAAGAUGACAGCUCUCCUGCCUCCAACGGCGUGCCUGAUGUCAUUUUCCCAAAUGACAGUAAAAGACUUUGUCUUGACGAUGUAAACCUUGCCAUGGGCCAGGGGGCCAAUCCCAAUGUAGCAUGUCCAGAGAUGCAAAGUUCUCCGUUCUCCAGCAGUCACAGUGCUUCUUCCCUUGGAGUAGCAGGUCACCCAGUGCUCCUCGAAAGCAAUCACAUGAACGGUGGAGGCAUUGGCUCCCCGUUUUCAGUGCCACCCAACACAGAAAUAAAUCAGAAGGGGUCAGUAGGAGGGCAAGCCAAUAACAUUGUCCACUAUGAUGAGAAAGGAAACAGCUUGCAGUCUGUGGACCAAGAGCUGCAAGAUCUAUUGGAAGAGCUGACAAAAAUGCCCGAUCCUUCUCCCAAUGACCUAGACCUGGAGAAGAUUUUGUGCAGCAAGGCUGAAGAGCCGCUUGGGCUGAAUCAUUCUCAACCAAGCAUAAGUACCACUCCAAAGUCCUCCCCACAGACUUCCCACUUGGAGAACCACGUUGCCAACAAAGAUUUUUCUCCAGGCUGCAAUCCAACCAACGGAGGAUCUCCUCAGAUGAGACCAUCAUCUGCUGGAGCUAACUUCCAAGUCCCUCCUUCAAACAAACCUGCUGCGUCACCUAUCUCAACAGCAGCUCAGAGCAAGAACCAGCCACCACCUAUGCUUCCAGUACCCUUACCCAACAUACCCAGCUCCAACUGGCAUGCUCAGCAGCUAAAGCAGCUGGCAGCUAGCAAGCAGGUGUCUACUACUAAGCAACAAGUACAGGCUCCCAGCUGGCCAACUAUGUCUCCUCCUGGUCUCUCUCCACCUUACAGGGCAGGAUCAUCCCCACAUCAUCAACCUUUCAGUCCUCAAAAUGUUAUGGUGUCUGGAAUGCCUGCUAAUAAUUUACCAGGAAACAACAUUCAGAGUCCUCAAAACACUCUGCUUUCAAGCAUGACUUCCAGCAGCACCCCAUCCAACGGCCCAUCUCCUCCUUAUGGGUCUGAGAAGCUCUCCAGUCCAGCUCUGAACCAGCAGCCCUUCAGCCCACAGAGCUCCAUGCUGCCCACCCUGACAGCAGCCAGUUUACCAACUAACAACAUUAAAAGUCCACAGAACAACUUGGUUGCCAGCAUGGCCUCCACAAAUACCGGACCUUCUCCACCGUAUAGGCCAGAAAAGCUGUCCAGCCCAGCUCUGCAUCAGCAGCCCUUCAGUCCUCAAGGUACAUUAAUCUCUAACAUCACUCCUACCAGCAACCCCACAAGUAUGCAGAGCUCACUUUUUAAAUCAAUGACUACAAACCAGUCCAAAAAUAUGAACAUAAUUAUGCAACAGCCAUCCAGUAGCUUACAGCCAAGUCUGGUGAAUGAGAGCCCUGUUAGCCAAGACCAGUUUUCUUUCAAUAACACCAAACCACUGUCUCACUUUGCCUCAGAGUCAGCUACUCAAAAGAUGUCCCCUCUGACACCAGGACAAGGGCAGCAGUCUCUCAUUCACUAUCUCCAGCAGCAGCAGCAGCAGUCUCCAGCCACGCAGCAGUCCCAGCAGGCUAACAAUAGCCAGUUUCUCCAGCAGCAGUUCCGACAGCUGAUGCAGCCCCACCGCAUGCAGAGACACAUGCAGCCUGCCACGUUGCCAUCUCAGAGCAGACAGGAUCAAAAUCCUGGACUUGUUGCCAGACUUCAGGAGCCGGGCUCCAUCCCAAGUGGCAGCUCUGUGCCAGCACCAGCCACAGUGAAUGGCUACACCAUGAGGAACCAUCUACUGAAGCAGCAAAUCAUGAAACGACAGCUGAUGCAGGAGAAGCAGAGGCAAAACAUGCUGGGAGUAACAUCUGAGCAGAGGAAUUUGUUUGCAGCUCAGCAGCUCAAUCAGUUUCAAGGCGUGCAGCAGCCCAUGCCCACUGACUGCAGCCAGGUGAUGCCGGCUCCUCCCCCCAACCACCGCAUGCUGCCCUCCAACCCAGCCAUGCUCCAGAGCACCUUGGGCUCCAGCAUGGCCCCUGCCACUGCCAGCCAGAGCAGCGGGACCAUGGUGAUGAUUCCACACAACCCUGGCAAGCAGCAGGGGAUUUUUCCACCUAAUUCUGACUUUAACAUCCCACUGCGGCCGAGCCAGAACUCGCUGGGCAUGAACUCGGGGUGCCAAACAGUACACAGCCACUCUGCUGUGCGGCCAGGAAUGCCCAUGGCAGGCUUCAGUUCUGGUUCCUUAGCAAAUCACUCUGCAACUCAGCAACACUUGAGGCAGCCGAGUAUGCCGAGAGUCCCUAAUGUCUACCCCAGCUCAUCUGCCCAGAUGUGGGCGCCGACCGCCGUGCCAAGAAUGCCAAAUCAAAGCCAAAUGGAUACCAGCAUGCAGCAGUUCUCUGGGAACACUCUCUUCUCCAAACAGAACGUGAGGCCCAGCGCCCCGGGUCAGCAGUUCUCCCAGCAGGCUGUGGUGCCCCCUAAUCAGAUCGCUCCCGGAGUCCAGGUCAGACAGAUGCAGAAACUGAGCAUGGGACAGUCUGGCCAGAGCUUGAGCUCGAUGAGUAAUCAGAACUUGAGGCACAAUUUAACCAGAGGACCGUUGCCAGCUAUGAAUGUUAUGAAAUCAAUGCCACAAGGAGUGUCCAGCUUUAACCAGCUGAAUCCUGCCCCAGGCCUCGGCCCAAGCUACCCUUCAGCAGGGCAGCAGCCGCCCGACGCCUUCGGCAGGAUGAGCGCCGCAGCCGAGCUGCCGCAGUACGACUUCGUGCCCCAGCACGGCAGCUCCGUCCUGCCCAGCAGCUGCAGUGACACCGACUUCCUCGACUCCCUCAUGAAGAACAGCAGCAGCAACGACGAAGAGUGGUUGAACAAUCUGACAAUGAUAGACGACAUUUUGGGACAGCACGCUCAGAGCUCCGGACACGUUUAGCUCUGUGAGAGGCAGCCUCGUUGUAAAUAACACAUGGAUGGCUUUGGAACGGAGCAGACGAGCCGUGAAAGCCUCUUUCAGUACAGAAUGAAGAGACUCAGCCAAUUCUUUGCCUGCAUCAAAGUUUAAUAUUGGCAGUUUUUCAGAUGACUGUAUAUAUUUGAAUACUUUGUAAAUUAUGUUUUCCUAAACCUUAAAUGUAGAAGUAUUUAUACUUCUUUGCUGGACUGUUUGUAAAUAAAUCUAUAGCAUAACUUUUGGUUUUAUUAUAGGGAUUUCAUUAUACCUUGUUAUAAAUAUGCAAAUAAUAUUGUUAGUUUCAGUAAUACUGUGUAUUACAGCAUAAAAUACUUAUGUUUUUGACAUAACUUAACACAUGAACUAGGGGUGUCAUUGCAACCAGACUAAGAAGAAACCAAAUGUGGCAUCUGUUCUCCCAUAUCAAGAGGCAAGAUUGAAAAGUUGCAUUAAAAACAGAUAAAAUCCAUCUCAAAGGAGCCGCUGACUUCCUCGUAGCUCAGCCUUGCAGGCCAAUUCAGGUAUGUGGAUCCCCUCUGGGCUCCUGGUGCGUUCAGGAAUCUGCCCACAGAAAUCCAUUUGCAAGAUCCCGGGCACAUUCUCAGCUUGAUACACUCCAGCAGGUCAGUUCCAUGUUGUCUACAGCAAGUAUCUGCUUGCAAUGUGAGAGCUGCUGGUGGGCACACGUGUGCUGGGGCACUGCGGGCAUGUGCCGGGCCGUGGAGGGCAGGCGACGCUCUGCAUGCCUGGAGCGGGUCACCCGGGAGCGAAGGCACUGGGCAGACGUGGCCGAGCCUCCCUGGCCACUGCUCCCUUCAGCAAACAGGUAGCUCUGGUUUGUGCACCUCUGCCAUGUAUAUUUGUAGUGUACAGGUGAUUUGUUCCUGGUUUUAAGGCUUUUCAUAAUUUCUGGUUUAAUGUGAGGCUUUUUUUCAGGGGAAAAGUCUAUAAACAUCAAUAGUUAAUUUUGGAUGUUUUCCUGUCAGCUACUAUUGUCCUAUGUAUAUUUAAGAGUCUGUUUAUAAAAGAUUCACUGUACUGUAAACUUCUUACAAUGUUCAUACUUUGUGUAAUCAUAUUUUAAUAGCCACAUCAUACUUCGCAAUACAUUUGUAAUAUAACGUCAGCUUCCAGCACAGAAUGGGGUUUUUUUUUUUCUUCAUACCAUAAUAAACUGCCAGGGGAAAAUUG